UCUGGAGCCCAAGCGGGGCAGCCAUGGCGGUGGAAGGAGGAAUGAAAUGUGUCAAGGUCUUGCUCUAUGUUCUUCUGCUGACCUGUUGCAUCUGUGCAGUGGGACUGAUUGCUGUGGGCAUUGGGGCCAAGCUCAACCAGAAUCAGAUCAUUUAUCGGGGAAUCACCCCUGAAUCCCUGGUGCCCGUCAUCAUCAUCGCAGUGGGUGUCUGCCUCUUUCUGGUGGCCUUUGUGGGCUGCUAUGGGGCCUGCAAGGAGAACUACUGUCUUAUGAUCAUGCUUGCCAUCUGCUUGUCCCUAAUCAUGCUGUUGGAGGUGGUUGCAGUCGUCGCUGGCUAUAUGCUUAAAGACAAGGUGAUAUCAGAAUCUAAUAAGGACUUCCAGCGGCAGAUACAGAAUUAUCCAAAAAACAAUCACAUGUCAUUGAUUCUGGACAGGAUGCAGGAACAUUUUAAGUGCUGCAGGGCAACUAACUACACGGACUGGGUAAAGAUCCUGCUCAUGACCGAGCAAGUCCCUGGCUCCUACUGUGUCAGCAUCACCGAAGGUUGUGGGAUUAAUUUCAACAUAAAGGAGAUGCAUGCUGAAGGGUGUGUGGAGAAAACUGGGGGCUGGCUGAGGAGCAAAGUGGUGAUUGCGACGGCCUUGAGCCUUGCCUUUAUGGAGGUCCUGGGUAUUGUCUUUGCCUGCUGCCUUGUGGAGAGCAUCCGAAGUGGCUAUGAUGAUGGCAGAGUUCUGCUCUCUUCAGCCCGCUUAUCCAGGAGAAUGGGGUAG